AGCGGCAGAAUGAAGUUCAACAUCGCGAACCCUGCAACUGGCUGCCAGAAGGUGCUGGAGGUCGAAGAUGAGCGCAAAUUGCGCGAAUUCUACGACAAGCGCAUGAACCAGGAAGUUCAGGGUGACGUGCUUGGCGAUGAGUUCAAGGGAUACGUCUUCAAGAUCUCUGGAGGAAAUGACAAGCAGGGUUUCCCCAUGAAGCAGGGUGUCAUGACCAGCAAACGUGUCCGCCUCCUCCUCAAGAAGGGAUCCUCCUGCUACCGUCCCCGCAGGAAGGGAGAGCGCAAGAGGAAGUCUGUCCGUGGAUGCAUCGUCUCUUCCGACAUCCAAGUCCUCAACUUGUUGAUCGUCCAGAAGGGUGAGGGUGAGCUCCCAGGACUCACUGACACCUCUGUGCCCCGCCGCCUUGGUCCCAAGCGUGCUACCCGCAUCAGGAAGCUCUUCGCUCUCGAGAAGGGUGACAAGCUCGAGAAGCAGUACCGCCUCAAGCGUGAGGUUUCUCGUGGUGAGGGCAAGAAGCCCACCAUCAAGGCACCCAAGGUGCAGCGUCUCGUUACCCCCCAGCGUCUCCAGAGGAGACGUGCCGAGAAGGCGCUCAAGAAGGCUAGCCGUGAGAAGAGCAAGGAGGACGCUAAGAAGUACCACGACUUGGUCAUUAAGCGCAAGAAGGAGGCCAAGGAGAAGCGUGCCGAGCAGGCUUCCAAGCGUAGAUCCCAGAACUCUGCUACCAAGAGCGGUGCAUCAAAGUAAACUUUUCGACUUCAUUCAUUACAAAGCAGAAAACC